AUGGCCCCUAGACGGCAAUCUGCGCUUCUGCCUCAGUCCAAGAAACCCAAAUUGGCUCCGUCCCUGAAACUGGAGGACAAGUCUGCCUCUCCCGGCCUGCCGAAGGGAGAAAAAGAACAGCAAGAAGCAAUUGAACACAUUGACGAAGUACAAAAUGAAAUAGACAGACUUAAUGAACAAGCAACCAAAGAAUUUCAUCUGAAUGAGAGUGGUGACCCAUCCUCAAAGUCCACUGAAAUCAAAUGGAAAUCUGGGAAGGAUUUGACAAAACGCUUGAGUCAAACACAGAAUAAGGCCAGCAGGAAGAAACAACACGAAGAGCCAGAGAGCUUCUUUACCUGGUUUACUGACCACUCUGAUGCAGGUGCAGAUGAGUUAGAAGUCAUCAAAGAUGACAUUUGGCCAAACCCCUUGCAGUACUAUUUGGUUCCUGAUAUGGACGAUGAAGAGGGAGAGGCAGAAGAUGAUGACGAUGAUGAUGAUGAAGAAGAAGGCUUGGAAGAUAUUGAUGAAGAAGGAGAUGAAGGUGAUGAAGAUGAUGAUGAAGGGGAAGAAGGAGAGGAGGAUGAAGGCGAGGAUGACUAGCAGAGAAGACUGAUGGAUUCCGACUCUCUUUUUUAUUUUUCUUUUUAUUAAAUUUCUCCAGUCCCUGGGGGCAAGUUACAGUCAUUUCCCUCCCAUCCCCAAUCCCUCUUGUGCUCAGUCGCCCUGUUUCUGAGGUCUCGCUUCUCAAUACCAUGGUUCUCAACUUAUUUUUGGGGAAAUAUCUUGAGCAAAAUACAAUGGGAAAAGAAAGAAUCUCCACUACUCUGUUCUACAUUCAUUUUUAUCUUUUCUUGUCUUGAACUGUGGAUUCAAUACCACCACCACCGUGCUCUGUGGGAAAAAAGAAAAGCCCUCCAGCCCCUUUGGCUCUGCUGGAGGCUGGAGGGUGCUAGGCCCCUGUGUAGUCGUGCAUAGAAUUCUAGCUUUUUUCCUUUCUCUGUAUAUUGGGCUCAGAGAUUACACUGUGUCUAUGUGAAUACAGACAGUUAGCAUUUACCAACAUGUAUCUGUCUACUUUCUCUUGUUUAAUAAAAAGAAAAAAAAGAAGAAAAGGGGGGGUUAGAAGGUCAGCAAGGGUGGGUUUGAGGUGUCUGGGGGGAUAAGUGGGCAUUGUGACAACAUGGCUUCUCCUUUGGCAUGUUUAAUUGUGAUGUUUAACAGACAUCCUUGCAGUUUAAGAUGACACUUUUAAAAUAAAAUUCUCUCCUAACCAUAA